UGAUCGGGGCGGCGCGAGCCGGCUGGGACCCGGGGGUGCGAUCCUGCACCGAGGCAGCCCCGGAGCCGGACCGCUGCAGAGGGAGGAAGGCGGCCAGCAAAGUCGGGAAAAGAUGGCGACCCCAAAGCGAGGCGUGAGGAUAACUCGGAAGCUGCGAGACUGGACCAUUGAGCAGGUGGAAAGCGGGAAGUUCCCGGGCGUCGUCUGGGAGGACCCUCCGGCCAAGACGAUGUUCCGUAUCCCGUGGAAACACGCCGGGAAGCAGGAGUUCCGGCACGAAGAAGACGCUGGGUUUUUCAAGGAAUGGGCCGUGUUUAAAGGGAAAUACCGCCCUGGAGAUCAGAUUAACCCAGCUGCCUGGAAGACACGCAUCCGCUGUGCCUUCAGCAAGAGCCCCGAGUUCGAGGAGGUCCCGGAGCGUUCCCGGCUGGAUAUCACAGAGCCCUAUAAAGUGUACCGCCUGGUCCCACUGUCCGAGCAGGUUCUUGGACCCCGGCCGAAACUCCUGAAGUCGAAGAAGGUGAAGUUGGAACAGUCAAAUAAAAACGCUUGUUCUGACCACAGCCUGCUUCAGCCGGCUGCCUCUCUUCCCCUCCUGGAAGUGGAAGUAUGCUUGGAGCCGGCCGCCAUGACGAGCAACACUACGAACGGGUCCGACCCUUCUGCCUACCAGAACGGGGAGACCAGUCCCCAGGCCGGUGAACCAGCACCAGAGGUGAACGAGAAUUCGGUCUGCUUUAAUCCCGUUUCCACAUUGGACUCUGGAGUGGAAGCAGGGGAUUACUCGGUGCAGCUGUCCGUUUUCUAUAGUGGCGAGCUGGUCCAGCAGAGUUGGAUCCCCGCGGGGGAGUUUCUCAUCUCCUCCGCCCCAGCCCUGUCGGCCGCCCUGAUCAGCAGCAUGAGCCGCGUGGUGUUGCCGUCGCCGAUCAAAAUGGAGGGCGGUCAGAAGCAAGAAGCCGUUCUGCUUUCCCUGAAGGAUCUGGAGAAGGGCGUCAUGGUGGCCAGCAAUGAGGAGGGAAUAUUCGCCCAGUGUCGGGGCAAAGCGAGCCUCUUCUGCCGAGGACCGAGCGGAGUUCACGCCCAAGGGAGGCUGGAGAAUAACACAUUCCUUCAGCUCUUCAGCACCCGAUUGUUUAAAGCAGCGCUGGAGCAGUUCCAGUUGGGACUCGCCCCUCUGCCCGAACACCGGAUUACUCUCUGUGUUGGAGAAGAACUAGGGGAGGACGAGAGUAUGGACAGCAAACCCAUCAUCAUCCAGAUAGAACCCGUUUGUGCUCUCCGCCUGCUCUCUGCUGCUGCUGCUCUUCCAGUAGUAGAAGCAUCAUCCUGCCUCGAUCCUGUCCAGGUGGCUGUAUUGUCGGCGAAUAUCCUGCCCUAAAGGAACAGAAGCUUUUGGUUCCCGUCCGAGACUUGGUUGGACUUGGUCACAGAACGGCUCCUGGGUCUACCUCCGGGGGCCUCGAAGUCUGUCCAUAUUUCUCGUUUACUAGUGUCUGCAGAAUGGUCUCCUUCCUGUCUUUCUUUCCGAGCCGGGUGGGACUUCUUGUAUUGCCCACCACCCACGAUGGAUCUGCUCUGCCUUGCAUACUCUUUCUAGAAAUGUGUAUAACACUAGCCACAGCCAUGUAGCAUUAUUGAGGGACUGGUUGGUUGCUGUGAUGAUUUCCUGCAGAUGGUUGGAUUCGGCGUCGAGAGCUCAGAAUACAGCAUCUCCUUGGAUCAAGGGGGUGACGGACAAAGAAGGACAGAGGAAGGCAAAUGAAGACCAAGAAAACACGCAAACAAACAAAAAAUUGGCAACAGCGCAGAAGGCUAGUAAAUUAUCUCACUUGCACUUUAUUCGUAGCGAGAAACGACUUUGUAUGAACCCAGUUACCGUGUGUGUUUAAAUAAAAUGUGUUUUUGAAACAGA